GGUGUGCGGUUUUCCUGCAGAGCCGUUUUCCCCAACCGAGCAGCAGAAGCAGCAGCAGCCCCGGCUUUUCAACCUCCAGCCCCCGCCGCCUUUGCCCUGAACUUUGGGGAGGGGAGGGGAGGGGGGGCGCUUCUCCUGGCUCGUGAGGGGAGGGGAAGGGAGGUCAGUAUGGUUGGCACGGACCCGCGCUGCUUGAAGGCUGCGGCGGGGCUUCCACUCGGGUCCGCCGCCGCCGCCGGAGAAGCCGCUCCCCAGAGGCUCCUGCCUGGGAUUUAAUCGGCCGAGGCUUUGCUUCUCUGCCCCCCCCCCUCAAGUCCCGGCGCGCGAUUUCCUUUUAUAUGGCUCAACCCCCCUCGGUCUUCCUAGAACAUGCACAGAAACUCCCGCAAGUGGAUUUUCUACGUGUUUCUCUGCUUCGGAGUCCUCUACGUCAAAUUAGGAGCGUUGUCAUCGGUGGUGGCUUUGGGAGCAAACAUCAUCUGCAACAAGAUUCCGGGCUUGGCCCCACGGCAGCGAGCGAUUUGCCAGAGCCGCCCUGAUGCCAUCAUAGUCAUUGGAGAAGGGGCCCAGAUGGGAAUCAAUGAAUGUCAGUACCAGUUCCGAUAUGGCAGGUGGAACUGCUCAGCACUGGGAGAGAAGACGGUCUUCGGUCAAGAGCUUCGAGUAGGAAGCAGAGAAGCCGCCUUCACCUAUGCCAUCACUGCCGCUGGCGUCGCCCAUGCAAUCACGGCUGCCUGCAGCCAGGGAAACCUCAGCAGUUGUGGUUGUGACAGAGAGAAACAAGGUUAUUACAACCAGGAGGAAGGCUGGAAGUGGGGAGGCUGUUCUGCUGAUAUCAGAUAUGGCAUCGACUUCUCCAGAAGGUUUGUCGACGCCAGAGAAAUCCGAAAGAGCGCUCGGAGGCUGAUGAAUCUGCACAACAAUGAAGCCGGAAGAAAGGUGCUUGAAGGACGGAUGAAACUGGAGUGCAAAUGCCACGGCGUUUCCGGUUCCUGCACCACGAAGACUUGUUGGACUACACUACCCAAAUUCCGAGAGAUUGGAUAUAUUUUAAAAGAGAAAUAUAAUGCUGCGGUGCAAGUGGAAGUGGUCCGGGCCAGCCGGCUUCGGCAACCGACCUUCCUGAAGAUCAAGCAGAUCAGAAGCUACCAGAAGCCAAUGGAGACCGAUUUGGUCUACAUCGACAAAUCACCGAAUUACUGUGAAGAGGAUGCUUCAACAGGGAGCGUUGGGACCCAGGGCAGGCUCUGCAACCGUACGUCCCUCGGGGCGGACGGCUGUGGCAUGAUGUGCUGCGGAAGGGGCUACAACACUCACCAGUACACCAAGGUGUGGCAGUGCAACUGCAAGUUCCACUGGUGUUGCUUUGUGAAAUGCAACACUUGCAGCGAACGGACAGAAGUGUUCACUUGCAAGUAACCUUAAGAUGGAGCAACCUGAACAUGGACACAACCCACCAUUUGGUAGUGUGGAACAAAAUAACUACAGCAUCAUUUUGCACAUUUUUCUUUCUUUCUUUCUUUCUUUUUUUGGGGGUGGGAAGGGGGUAGAACCAAUCUCUUUUAUUUGUUUCUUACUAACCCAAGUUGGAAGAACAAUGCAUAAUCUGUUGGCUAGAGUUGCUUUGAUUCCAUUAGUCCAAGGGACCCUGGGAUGGGAUGGUGGAUUAGGAUGAUGUUAUUCAAGGGGAGCAAUUUUUCCUUUUGAUUCCUCCUCCCCUUGCCCACUGCAGUCUGAGGUGUUGUAGAGUUUUACUCUUAGAUUAAGUUAUACAUACAAUACGAUAGACACAGGUUCCAGAAGGAGAUUUUUAAAUUCAGAAUCAGCGUGAAGAUGCCCAACGGAGACAUUUUUUCUUCCUAUUAAAAAAAAGGACAAAAAAAAAAAAGAGGAAUUAAGAUGUUAAGUACAAAACUAAGAUACCGACAGUGUUGUUUCAACACUUACUUCUGAAAAAGAAAGGGAAUAAAGUAGGGGGAAAUGAAAUACGGGCUCGGGAGGACCUUCGAGGAUGGAUUCAUAGAUAAAAAUAAAAGAGGAAAUUGUGACAGCUCCCAGUAACACUGGAACCUUUUGAAUGGACAUUUCAGCGGGGGGAAAAAGAAAGAUUCUCUUAUUUAUGUUUUUAAUAUUAUCAAAACUCUCUAAGCACUAACGGGUAGCCAUGUCUUUACUUUGAACUAAAUGUAAAAUUACUAGA